AUGGCCGAAGAUACAACGAGUCUGAUCUUGGCGCAAGAGUGCAACAUUGUUAAUAACCUCACUGCAAACAAGUGCGUUUGUUGCUCCGGCAAUCAUUCCGUUUUGAAAUGUAGAGAGUUUCUGGAUAAGACCGUCGAGCAGUGCGGCGAGUUCGUGCGACAAGGCAAGCUUUGCCUUAAUUGUCUGAGAUCCGGGCAUUUCCUUAAGCAAUGCCCGAGCAAGUCUCGAUGUUCACACUGUAGUCGUUCACAUCACUCGUUGCUACACUUCUCAAAUAAUGUAAUUGCCGAUGUUCCGGCAAAUACUUCGAAAAUAAAAGUGGAAGCGCAACCUUUCACGCCGACUACGUCCAACGCGCCAGUCGCCGCGAGCGGCAAUCAUGUCGCGAGCUUGCAUAGCGACUCCGCGGAGGACGCGGUUCCUUCGAACGUCCUCCUAGCCACGGCGUGGGUCGACGUUCAUACGACCGAGGGCCGAAGUUUUAAAGUUCGCGCCUUACUGGAUCAAGGAUCCACUUUUAGUUUUAUUUCGCAAUCGCUCUGUCAGACGUUGCGUACGAAACGACAACGCUCAAAUUUGCGGGUUACGAGUUUCGGCGAAAAGUUUACGGGCGUGGCGAGAUCGCGCGUCGUUCUGACAUUGAGGCCGUGCUCUGGCGCGGAGCCGGGCUUCCCGCUACACGCCUACGUUUUUCAAAGUAUUACUUCGUACGCCGCGUCGCGGAUUCCGCCAGUCGGGUCGUGGCCUCACUUGAGGGGUAUCUCGUUCGCCGAUCCCGAUCCUUCGAGUCUGCAUCGGAUACACCUGCUGAUCGGUGCUGACUUGUACGGUUCCUUGUUGAGGAAUGACCUCCGGCAGGGCCCUAUCGGAUCGCCUACCGCUCAGUUGACCGCGUUAGGCUGGAUUCUCUCCGGCCCUGCGGGUCGCGGUCCGAUUGAGCCCGCGAAUAUUGGCGUCUGUCAUAGCUUAUUUGCCCACGACCCGAGUUCGCUUCUCAGACAAUUCUGGGAGGUCGAGGAGGUCUCAAGCCCCCCUCCACUUACAGACGCGGAAGAGCGUUGCGAACAACACUUCCUCGCCACUCAUAGCCGUUCGUCGGAGGGACGGUACAUUGUUCGACUGCCUUUCAGGCACGAACCACCAAUCGCACUAGGCGAUUCACUGUCGAUCGCUACUGUAUUUUAUGAAAAAAUGGAAAGGAAGCUGCGUCGGCACGACGAACUCUCCGCGCAGUAUAACGACUUCUUAGCGGAAUAUCUCGCAAUGGGACAUAUGAGCGCGAUCGAACGUCCGAGCGACGCCGCUCUUACACCCGUGUACAUUCCGCAUCAUUCGGUUUUGCGCGAGUCGAGUAGUACCACGAAGUUACGCGUCGUUUUUAAUGCCUCGUGCAAAACCACGAACGGCACGUCGCUUAACGACCACCUGCUUGUAGGACCAAAGUUGCAGCAGGACCUCCCCGCUAUUCUGUUGCGUUGGAGGCAGUGGCGUUUUGUUUAUACCGCGGACAUCGCCAAAAUGUUUCGACAGAUCCUCGUGAAUACACUCGAUGCAGACUUUCAACGAAUUCUUUGGCGUCCAUCUUGCGACGAGCCAAUUAAGCACUUCCGGCUUUUAACAGUGACGUAUGGACUCGCUCCGGCCCCGUAUCUCGCGAUGCGCGUUUUGAAACAAUUGUCAUUAGACGAAGGAUCCGACUAUCCUGAGGCCGUCCCGAUACUGCGCGACUCCGUCUACGUCGACGACGCGCUUUUCGGUGGGGAUGACGUCGCGUCGCUGAUAAAAGUUCGCGAACAAUUGACGGGCCUCCUUAAACGAGGAGGCUUUCAAUUACGAAAAUGGGCAUCGAAUUCGCCUGAGCUUCUUCGCGAUGUCGUAACGCGUCAAGUCGACAUGGAGGAUCACCUCCUUCAACAGGACGAGACCCUUAAGGUCCUCGGAAUUGCAUGGCAUCCCCACGACGACACGUUUCGCGUUCAGGUGGACACUUCGUUUCCGGUCACUCCGACGAAGCGCUCCGUCUUGUCAGUUAUCGCUCGCUUAUACGACCCCCUCGGCUGGGUAGCUCCCGUCGUCAUUGUUGCAAAAAUUCUGUUACAGGAAUUAUGGUUAGCCCAAUCCGAUUGGGACACCCUUCUCCCCGACGAAUUGCGUCAGCAGUGGGAGACAUACUACGAUAAUUUAGAGCAACUAAAUAGUGUCCGGGUCCCUCGCUGGACCGGCCGACGAAGCACCGACCUCGACUUUGAACUGCACGGCUUCGCUGAUGCCUCGAGCCGAGCUUACGCCGCCGUCGUUUACAUUCGAGUCCUUCGCGCGCCCACGGACGUUCGAGUUUGUCUGCUCGCCGCGAAAACUAAGGUCGCCCCUUUAAAGACGCUCAGCAUACCGCGUCUCGAGUUGAACGCGAUUGUACUUCUGAGUCGAUUGAUUCAAUGGGUUCAGACGACCCUAAAUUCGCCCUCCGUACCAGUGUUUGGCUGGUCAGAUUCCGCGGUCGCGCUGGCAUGGUUGCGUAAGCACCCCGCGAGGUGGCAAACCUUCGUCGCCAAUCGCGUCUCCGAGGUGCAACGUACACUGCCGGAAGCACGUUGGAAUCAUGUGUCUUCUAAAGACAACCCCGCUGACUGCGCCUCCCGCGGCCUGUCGGCGGAGGACCUGUCCUCUCAUUCGCUGUGGUGGACAGGGCCGAGGUGGCUCGCCCGGCCGUCCGCGUCGUGGCCGACCGACGACCACUCUCUUUUUCUCGAUCGGAACACCAAUCAACGGGUCUCCGAUGAGGCUCGCGUUUCAGUCGUCCUCCACGUUGAGAGUGAGGACGAGUGGGAUCUAAUUAACAAAUUCUCAACAUGGACUAAAUUGAUUAGAGUCACGACUUACGUGCGUCGCUUCGUCUCUGGAAUAAAGCGCCGGAACCACGCGCGCGCGUCCCUCGUAUUGACAGUUUCAGAACUUCGCGAGGCCGAAAUAUUUUGGUUCCGCUACGCGCAACGGUUGGCGUUUGCCCCGGAAAUCAGAGCAUUAAGCACAAAUUCCUCUCUUUCGCGAUCCACCCCUUUAAGGGCUUUGAAUCCGUUCAUAGAUGAGAACGCCUUACUCCGUCUUGGCGGGCGGUUGCAAAACGCCGCACUCCGCUAUGACGAGCAGCACCCGGUCAUACUUCCCAGGGAUCGAAUCGCCGAGCUGUUGAUUCAGCGGGCGCAUAAAGCUACCUUGCACGGUGGCACGCAGCUAGUCAUUCGUACGCUACGACAGCGAUACUGGAUAAUCGGGUGUCGUAAGGCCGUGAAAUCUCAUAUUCACGCGUGCGUUACGUGCGCGCGUCACGCCGCGCUGCCUUGCGCACAACUAAUGGGAGAACUUCCCGCUUCCCGAAUUAACCCGUCGCCGCCGUUCGCCCACACCGGAGUGGACUAUGCCGGCCCCUUUGACACCCUUCCGUUAGUCGGGCGCGGGCAAAAGACUAGGAAAACUUACGUUGCCCUGUUUAUUUGCCUCGCCACAAAAGCUGUGCACCUUGAGCUGGUCGAGGAUUAUUCCGCCGACGGUUUUCUCGCCGCGUUCCGCCGGUUCUCGAGUCGCCGCGGGUUGCCGCGUCGAAUGUACAGUGAUAACGGUACUAAUUUUCGCGGCGCCGACCGCGAACUCCAAAGGCAAUUUCACGCGUUGAAAGAUCACCCUGAAAUGCGAGAUAUUCUCACCGCCGACGGCGUCGAUUGGGAAUUCAUCCCACCGGCCGCUCCGCAUUUUGGCGGUUUGUGGGAAGCCGGAGUGAAAAGCUUCAAGUUUCACUUAAAGCGAGUCAUCGGUGCUCGCACGAUUUCUCGGGCAGAAUUCGUGACGCUUCUGUGUCAGAUAGAGGCCUGUUUGAACUCGCGUCCGAUCGCCGCUCUCAGCGACGACCCUAGCGACAUGUCCGCGCUUACGCCCGGACACUUCCUAAUCGGGCGUCCAAUAAUCGCGGCUCCGGAGGAAUCCGUACUCGAAAUCCGUCCGGACCGCCUUUCCCGCUGGCAGCUAGUGAGCUCCAUGCGGGAGCAAUUCUGGCGCGCCUGGUCGCUUGACUAUUUGUUGUCGCUUCAGACGAGAACCAAGUGGCGGGACGCCAUGCCUAAUUUAGAAGUUGGUGAACUCGUCCUCGUCAAAAAUCCUUUGCUCCCUCCGAGCAAAUGGGAACUCGCGAGAAUUCAACAAAUUCAUCCAGGGUCCGACGGACUCGUCCGGGUAGUUACUAUAAGCACCGCCCGUUCUCGCCUGAAGCGACCUAUAACGCAACUGUGCAAGUUGCCUAUAAAUUGUAAAGAGUCGGCGUCCGAAAGCGAGUAA